AUGGGCAACACCACCAGCGCCGUGUUGGACAAUAUUGACAACUCCGGUACAAUCGAACGCGAUGAGUUCCUCAGCCUUCCUCAAAUCUCGUCCAACCCGCUGGCCACGAGAAUGAUCGCUAUUUUCGACGAAGACGGUGGCGGUGACGUCGAUUUCCAGGAAUUCGUCUCGGGUCUCAGCGCAUUCUCUUCCAAGGGCAACAAGGAGCAGAAGCUGCGCUUCGCCUUCAAGGUAUACGACAUCGAUCGCGAUGGAUACAUUAGCAAUGGCGAGCUCUUCAUUGUCCUGAAGAUGAUGGUGGGAAGCAACUUGAAGGACCAGCAGCUCCAGCAGAUCGUCGACAAGACCAUUAUGGAGGCAGACCUGGACAAGGACGGCAAGAUCAGCUUUGAGGAGUUCACCAAGAUGGUGGAGAACACGGACGUCAGCAUGAGCAUGACUUUGGGUAAGUUCCGACUUUAG